AGUACAAUCAUUGUUUUCACCAAGCAAUCCUUCUACUAUAUAUAUUGGCCUCCCAAGUGUUUGGAUUGCCCACAACUCACAUUAAUAUCGCCUCAUUCUCAUCUCCCUUUCAGUUUCCUUUACUCAAACACACUAAUUUCGAUUAAGAACGAGAAUCAUGAACGCAUUAGCUGCAACCAACAGAAACUUCAAGCUAGCGGCUCGGCUGCUUGGGCUCGACUCCAAGCUGGAACAGAGUCUACUCAUCCCUUUCAGAGAAAUCAAGGUGGAAUGCACGAUCCCAAAAGACGACGGCAGUUUAGCCUCAUUCGUUGGAUUCCGGGUGCAGCACGACAACGCCCGGGGCCCAAUGAAAGGCGGCAUCCGCUAUCACCCCGAGGUGGAGCCGGACGAGGUCAACGCCCUCGCCCAGCUCAUGACGUGGAAGACCGCCGUGGCCAACAUCCCCUACGGCGGCGCCAAGGGCGGCAUCGGCUGCAACCCCUCCGACCUCUCCAUCUCAGAGCUCGAGCGCCUCACCCGCGUCUUCACUCAGAAGAUCCACGACCUGAUCGGCGUCCACACCGACGUCCCAGCCCCGGACAUGGGCACCGGCCCCCAGACCAUGGCCUGGAUACUCGACGAGUACUCCAAGUUCCACGGCUACUCCCCCGCGGUCGUCACUGGAAAGCCCAUCGACCUCGGGGGAUCCCUGGGGAGGGACGCCGCCACAGGGCGCGGCGUCCUCUUCGCCACAGAAGCCCUGCUCAACGACCACGGCCAGAGCAUCGCUGGCCAGAAGGUCGUGGUGCAGGGCUUCGGGAACGUGGGGUCGUGGGCCGCUCAGCUCAUAAGCCAGAGAGGCGGGAUUGUCGUUGGCGUGAGCGACAUCACCGGAGCGAUAAAAAACAGCAAGGGGCUCGACGUGGCCAGUUUGGUCAAACACGUGGCGGGGAAUCGGGGUGUGAAGGGAUUCAGCGGCGGCGAUGAGAUACAUCCGGAUUCGAUCUUGACAGAGGACUGCGACAUUCUGAUCCCGGCGGCGCUGGGGGGAGUGAUAAACAAGGAGAAUGCGAGGGAGAUAAAAGCCAAGUUUAUAAUAGAGGCGGCGAAUCACCCGACGGACCCGGAGGCGGACGAGAUACUGGCGAAGAAGGGAGUGAUAGUGCUGCCGGAUAUAUACUCGAACUCGGGGGGAGUGACAGUGAGUUACUUCGAGUGGGUGCAGAACAUACAGGGAUUCAUGUGGGAUGAGGAGAAAGUGAAGGCGGAGUUGAAAACGUACAUGAACAGGGGAUUUAAGGAUGUGAAGGAGAUGUGCAAGACUCAUAACUGCGACCUUAGAAUGGGAGCAUUCAGCUUGGGAGUCAACCGAGUUGCAAGAGCCACGCUCCUCAGAGGAUGGGAAGCCUGAUCCCCAUUUCCAUUACUACUAUAACUCAAAUAAACCUUACUACUCUUUUCUUUUUUUCUGUUUUUAAUUCAUUGCCAUCUGUCUUUGGAUUUCUAGUUACUCCUAUGUAAGGUUUGUUUUCAUUCUAUUAUUGGAGGUUUAAAAUUACUCCACUAUACAAUCAUGCUUUUAGAA